GGUCCUCCUCGUCCGACUCGGUCAUCUCCGCCGACUCGGUCAAUCCGUACCGAGUGGUGCUACUCGGGGCCGGAGGGGUCGGAAAGAGCGCCUUCGCCUGCAUCUUUUCCGGGGCCGCGGACAGCAUGGACAGCGAUGACUGCGAGCUGUGCGGAGAAGAACUACGUGAGCGAGAGCUGGAUGUGGAUGGAGAGAUGGCAACAAUCACCCUGUUGGACACAUGGGAUACAGAGAGUGACAGCGAAUGGGCUCAAGAGCGCUACAUGCAUUCAGGCGACGCCUUCCUGCUGCUGUACUCCAUCACCGACCGAGCGUCCUUUUUACGGGCGUCGGAGCUCCGCAUCACCCUGCGCCGCCUUCGCCCCGCCCAACACACGCCCAUCAUCCUGGUGGGCAACAAAUGUGACCUGGUGCGACGCAGAGAGGUUUCUACUAACGGCCAGGAAGAGCCUUUACAUCAGUCACACCCAAAGUGACUGUCAGGAUCUUUCCGGAGAAAGAUUGAUGAUGACUCUCUUGGUGCAUCUGUGUCUUCUGGCACUCUUGCUCGGCUCUGUUGCUGGGUCGGGCCUGGAGGGCAAGACGGUCCCCUUUCAGAAUGUGGUGCUGGAGGUGCUAGAGGGCACGCCUGUGCCCCACGUCCUCUGUCGGUUCCUGGUGGAACAUCCUGGCGUGGACGCUUUCAGAUUGAGCGGAGAAGGCAGCGAUGCCAUCAAGAUCUCAUCUGAUGCUUGGCUUUAUUUGGACAAAUCUCUGGACUGGUCCCACAAUGACAACUAUCUCGUUGGGGUGGAGGCGUUACAGAACAAUGAAGUCGUGGAGGGGCCCAUUUACGUGACCAUCAACGUUCUGGACAUCAACAACCACGCUCCAUACUUCAACCAGACUUACUACACCGCUUUGGUCCGAGAGAACUCACCAGCAGGUGUCCCGUUCACUCGCGUGUUUGCGUUGGAUAAAGACGACCCCGCCACCCCCAACGCUCGUCUGACGUACAGCCUGGUCAGCCAGAUCCCCAACCGACACAACACUCUGCUCUUCCAGGUGGACCCCAACACGGGCGAGAUCUCCACAACCGAGCAAGGAGAGCACAUGCUCAACGCCAAAGAGACCAUCCAAUUCGCCCGAGGAGAAGAUCGCAGCGCUGAUUCUCUCAAGGCAAAAUUUACCGACUACUGUCCCUCGCCGACCGUCCCCUUUGACCAAAACCCCUUCUUCACCUGUGUGGAAAGAGCAGAAAUGAGACGCAGAAACCUGGACCCUCUGGAGGACCCCGAUUAUACCUUGAUCGUGAAGGUCCACGAUAUGGCGGGAGAGUCCGAGAUGGCGCUGAGCGGCAACACCAGGGUGCACAUUGCGGUGCAGCCCAACCUGUGGGUCAACCCCGGCAGGAUCACCAUCCGGGAGCAUCUGGAGGGUUCCUACCCGCAAGCUAUUACCACAGUCCAGUCCAAUGAGCCCGGUGCCGUCUACAGGCUAGUGCAGAAAGAACGAGAACUGAGCUUCCCCUUCCAGAUCACUGAAGAUGGAGAAAUCCUGCUCACAGAGGAGCUGGACAGGGAGGAGAAGGACAUGUACAUCUUGGUGGUGAUGGCCGAGGAUGAAUAUCAGAACCAGGUGGACCCUCCGAUGGAGAUCCAGAUUGUGGUAGAGGAUGUGAACGACAACGCGCCCGUGUGCAAAGAAGAGGAGAGCGUAUUUGAAGUGCAGGAGGACGAGCCUGUCGGUAGCCUGGUCGGGCAACUGUUGGCCUUCGACGCCGACGAAGCGGACACGUUGAACGCCCUGCUGACCUACGCCAUCAUGUCCCAGCAGCCCUCCACUUCGCCCGAAGCUUUCACCAUCGACGCCGACUCAGGUCAAAUCCAAGCGCUGCGCUCGUUGCGGCGCAGAGAUCAACAAGUGUACAAUCUGGAUGUCAGAGUCAGCGAUCCAGCUUACAGCGUCGUCUGCAAGGUCGUGGUCAAGGUCAUUGAUGUAAACAACGAGCUACCUCUGUUUGAAAAGAAUGAUUACGGCAGCUACACGGUAGCCGAAGACGCCGCCGUGGGACAAACGGUGCUCGCCGUCAGCGCGUCGGAUGACGACGACGCCGAUAGCGGCAGCUCCUUCAUCGAGUUUCACAUCACAGCCGGCAACGACGACGAGGUGUUUGCCGUGGAAACGGACGGAAAAGGCGUCGGCCAUGUGGUCAUCGCAAAGCCUCUUGACUUCGAGACCUCGUCCUCCUACAAGUUGAAAAUCGACGCUCGCAACCCGGAACCUUUAAUGAGCGGCCUUGAGUACGGCUCGGAAUCCACGGCUUUCGCGUCGGUGUCCGUCACCAACGUUGACGAGGUCCCCGAAUUCAACCUGGACAUUCUGGAUGUGGUUGUGGCCGAAAACACCACGAAGGGAGCCGUGUUGCUCACUGUCGAGGCCAAGGACCCCGAGGGCAAAGAGAUACGUUUCAAGAUGGAGGGCGACACCAAAGGCUGGCUGGAGAUCGACGCAGCCACAGGACAAAUCAAGACCAAAGACAACUUGGAUAGAGAAACCUUGGAAACCUUUGACGUCACUGUCACUGCCUUUGAGAAGGAUAACCCGGAAAAGUCCGACGAGCGCGUGGUGUCAGUGAGACUGUUGGACGUGAACGACAACGUCCCGAAAUUGACCGAGACGCAGGCCUUCAUGUGCUUGAAGAAACCCGAGCCGGUGGUCAUCAGGGCUCAAGAUGGAGACGACGCCCCUUUCUCGCAGCCCUUCACCUUUACCUUUGCCCAGGGGAAGAAAUCCCACAACUGGGAGCUGCAAACCAUUGACGGAACCACAGCCAAGUUGAUCCUGAAGAAAAGCCCAACGGAAGACAGGACGUUCACCCUGCCCAUCAACAUAAAAGAUAAUGCGGGAAUGGGAGUCACGCAACCCUUCGAGGUAAACGUGUGCACAUGCACAGAGCUGGGCUACUGUUACGUGGCACCUGGCGAGCACGGCUUCAAAUACGGACCGGGAAUCACCAUCGGCAUCCUGGCUGGAACUCUGGGCUUCUGUGUUCUGAUCCUCAUCAUUGCCAUCAAGCGUUCAAGUAAAAGCAGUAAGAACAGCGACGAGGUGGAGACGAACGCCUUGAUGUAGACAUUUAUAGGAAAACGUGUACAUUUGAGAGAGUUGCUUAGCUGCCAAUUUUGUUUUCUUGGGCAUGUUGUAUUUACGAAAGAUGUUCGAUACCACUUUUUUCAGACUGUACCAGUACGAGCACUCAGUUCUUCACUAGUCACCGAUAUCAAUAGCAAAAACUGAUACCACAAAUCCUUUUGAUACCUAAAAUUUCCCCAACCAAUGACAAAUCAUUUUAGGGAAAAUACCUUUGAAUCUUAACAUAUCAGUUUUACUUAUAAUGAAUGAAAUUAAUGUCAAUAUUUUAUUCUUCAACGUUUUUUUCUAACCCUAACCCUAAGCAAUAUGUGGUAUCAAUACCAUUCCUACAUUUACUAAGACAUAAUAAAUAAAUUAAAGAGCAAGAUUAAUCAUGUCAGGUGGUCCCACCCUAAUUUAUUGACGUGGCCCUAACCAAGUUCAACUAUGGCAGUGCUUCUCAAUUAUUUUCUGUUACGCCCCCCCCUAGCAAGAAGAAAACUAUUCGUGCCCCCCCUCCCCACCGUGACUAUCCUAACUUGUCUUGUAAGUCGUAAAAUGUUGCACUGUCGCAAACGUGACAGAAGUAACAAUGAGAGCGCCACUGCCCCCUGCUGUAGUAAACGCGCAAUUACACUUUAUUCUAGUACUGCCAAAAAAAAAGCCUGUUCCCCAGGGUCACACGCGCCCCCCCAGGAAUAGCGGGGGCGCGCCCCACUAUUUGAGAAGCACUGGCCUAGGUGACUGAUUCACAAUUUGGUUUUGUCUGAUAUCAGAGAUUAAAUAAAGAAAACCAACUGGCUGAUUGAUUUGUUUUAAUUGAGAGGAAAAAAAAAACAGCAAAAGCAUUUCACUAGCUGACCAGGAGAUGGCGACAGCGUGGCAUCUGAAGACCAUGGAUUGUUUGUUCUGCUAUAGCCUAGGUGACUGAUUCACAAUUUGGUUUUGUCUGAUAUCAGAUAUUAAAUAAAGAAAGCCAACUGGC